GCAAUUUCAGGGCUGCCCUUUCACGUGUUUUUCACGUGAUCACAUAAUCACGUGUAAAACACUUCAACAAAUAAUCACACGUGAAGAGUAUGUGAUUAUUUCACAACCUAGCCCUUUCCUGCAUGAACACACCGCCAUCAUCAUCAUGGCAGCAACAUAAACAGUAGCAUCAGUAGCUGCUGUGUCGUGACCGCAUCCUCCGCUUCUCAGCUACACAUGGAGCCUGGCUAACAAACCCUGCAGUCUUUUCGCUGGAGAAUGCCUUAUUUUCAAAGAUAUCGACUGAAAUCUGUGAAAACAAAGGCUUCAUCUUCCACGGACGCUUUCAGAAUGGGCACCUCAGAUUACAGGAGAUGAUCCGCUCCGAGAGCACUAUGCCUGCUGUCGCCUUUCAGGACCUAGUUUUGAAUAUUUACAUAGUCAUCUUUGGCACCGGGAUAUUCGUCUUCAUCUUGAGCCUGAUAUUUUGCUGCUGCUUUAUAAGUAAAUUGCGACAUCAAGCCCAGUCUGAGAGAUUGGCUUACAAGCUGGUUGUACUGAGAGAUGAAACAAAGCACUUGAAUAUUCAUGGGCAAACAUGCGCUGUGUGUUUAGAGGACUUCAGAAUAAAAGACGAACUUGCGAUGUUGCCAUGCCAACACGGCUUUCACAAAAGGUGUCUGUUAAAGUGGCUGGAGGUGCGCUGCGUGUGUCCCAUGUGCAACAAACCGAUCGGUGCUCCUAACAAGCACAUCAGUAGCAUACUGGAUGAACUGGUGUAAAUAACUGGCACAAGCAAAUGCUUCCAACAUAAACUCUCCAGUGAAUAUUCUACAAUAGAACGUCAAGAUUUGUAAAUGACCGAAACCAGCUACGAUGGAAGUAUGGAACAAGUCUGGAGGCUGGCAUCCUGGCACAGGUAGUAUUAAAAUGUGUCCCAAUUGAGGCAAGAGUUCAGUAAAAUACUUUUAAUGAAGCGAAAAGCUAUUAUUCUCAAUUGCCGAUUUAGACACUAAACAUUUAAAAUCAAUCUCUCCAUACAAACAAACAUUGAUUAAUUUUUAAAAUUUAUUUUCCUCUCAAAGCAUACAGUGUACAGUGAACACAUUGAUUUCCUUUUCCCUUAAUUACAGCUUUUAGUUCCAACAACCCAUAAGUAUAGCUGUAGGCUUUCAAAAUGUUGUACUAGCUUUGUUUAAAAUAUCCCACUAUAAACGGGGAUGAAUUCAUUUUAUUAUUAUUAUUUUUUAAAUUUUUUUUUUAAGGAUAUUUAAGUGUGCUGUUACAGUUACCUGUUGGACAAAAACGAUCUGCAGCAGCAUUUCCAAAAUCAAAAACAAUUUAAUAACUGCUUUGGUCCUAGAAUAUCAUUCUUUAGAAAUUUCUGGUUUGAAGCGCUUGAUACUUUAAAUGAUUUUAUUUAUUUAUUUUUUUAAAUGUCUGUGAGGCAAUCAUAAUAAUAAUAAUAAAAAAAAACAA